AAUCGAAUGUAAAUUCCGAUGGUAAAAAUGUUGAUGAUGAUGAUAGAUCUAGUGAUACAAGCGAUGAAUUAACAUUUGAAGUUCAACGAUGUGUUGUUCAUAUUGAUACUGGACAUAUUAAAUUGCCUAAUGAUAUACCACGUUUUCCAGAUCGAACUUGUUUUAUAAAUGAAUUAAAUAAUAUUUUAUUACGAUUUAAUAAUUAUAUUCAUAGUAAUUUAUCAAAAAAAUCUUUUAAAACUAAACAAAAAUAUCAACAGAGUGAAGAUUGGACACAUAUUUAUGAUGAAAAUUUAUUAAAAGAAUCAAAUUAUGAACCAAGUCAAGCAUUAGCAAGACUUGCAGCAAUAGUUAAACGUGCUGGAGUUGUUAUUAAUAAUAAUGAUGAUGAAAAUAGUAAUAGUAGACUAUCAUGUUUAUUUAAUGAAUCUGAAUUACGUCGAAUAUCAGCGAAUAAUUGUUUACGGGCAUCAUUUAUAAAUCGUUUUGCCCAAUUAUUUAGUCAAAUGGAUGCAUUUAUAUGUUAUCCACCAGUGGGCAAAUAUUCUAAUGUUGAUCAAUGGUUAGCACAACGAAGUACAACAAAAAAUUUUGAUCGAACUAUGUUUAUUGCUGAUCAACCAAAACCACAUGUGUCUUUUUUACUUGCAUUUAUGGAAACACAAUCAUUUGUUUCAUUUGUUGAUAGUAAAAUUGCAUCAAAAUUUAAUGAAGAUAAUCAUCUUUUUGGUUUAACUAAUAAACAUUUACAAUAUUUUUCUGAUCAUAUUCGUUUAUACCGUGAUCGUCGUGAUUUAACUUAUCAAUAUUGUCCAUCAAUUGAUUCAAUUGAUGAAGAAACUCGUCGUCGUUUUACUUCACCUUUUCCAUCUUCAUUAAUUGUAAUGAAUGCACCAUUAAUAUAUCUUCAUCUUUUAUUUAGUGGAAUUUCAAAAAGAAAUUCUCGUUUAACUCGAUCAUUUCAAACAAAAUAUCCACGACGACGUAUUACAAGAAUAAAAAAACAACAAACAGUUGCUUCUAAUGAACAUCCACAAACUGUUGUUCUUCUUGAAAAUAAUGUUGUUUUUCAACAAUUACUUAAAGAAUGUACUACUAAAACAAAACGAAUGGUUAUUGAAAAAAUGGAAGAUAUUAUUGAAGAUUCAUCAUCAAUGGUUAAUUUAGAAGAAAAUGUUUUAAUAGCAGGUUUUGGUGAUUUACUUGAACGUACUUGGUCUCAUCGUCUUCAUCAUAAACCAAAUGGAAAAUCUGCUUUAUGGAAUCAUAUCAAAUAUUAUGUUAAACUUAUAAAUUAUGAAUCAACACAAAUGUCUCAUGCCGGUCUUCUAGUAACAUUGAAUAAAGAUGAAAAUCCAGCUGUGGUUUGGUGUUUAAUGAGAAAACAAUUAGUAAAUCGUAGUUCAUCAGCUAGUCGAUCUCAAUCUCCCAGUGGUUCUCAUACUCUUCCACGUCCUCAAAUGAGCCUACAUCAAGUACGUUCAUCACCUCUAUUAGCAAUGGCAACUUCAGCAUUCAAUCUUGCUCCAUCCGAUAAUAUGAUGAUAACUAAUCAAUCGAAUACAUCUCUAGCACAUGAUUUUCAUUCUGUUGAAUUAUGUUUUCGACAUAAUCCAGUGUCUGUUUCAGCAUCUGAAAUUGUUUUUGCUCGUGCAUUUGUUCGUUUGACACUUGAACGUCGUCUUUUAUCUGAAUUAUUUUCUCAUAGUGAUCUUUUACAAGCUUUAUAUAAACGUGAAGCUUUUUUACAUAUUGAUAUUAUUUAUCAUGUUAUUAUUGUUCCUACCAGAGCACGAGCAACAAGAAUUUCUAGUACAACAACUGCUAAUCCAUAUAUUGCAUUAGCUGGUAUUUUGGGAUCAACAAAACACAAAAAUUUGGGUCAAUUAACAACACUUCGAAUAGGUCAUGAUAAUACUGGUUUAAUGCCUCGAUGGAAUAUUGAUCAUAUUGUUGUUCGAAAUCAAUUAACAAACAAUGUUUAUCGAUUUCCAUGUGGACGAUGGUUAGGUAAAGGUGUUGAUGGUGAUAGUUUAGAGCGACUUCUUUUUAUUGAUUCGACAUAUUCAUGUGAAAUGAAUGAUAAUAAUACUAAUGGUUUAUUCGAUUCUGCUUCACCAUUUCAAUUAAUGACAACAAGUUUCAUAAGUGGUGGAUCUCAAGCAAAUUUAUCAGCUUCUGUACGAUCACGAUCACCUAGUUUACGACGUGUCAAUGAUCAAAUUAAAGUUUGUGAUGAAUAUGAUGGACGUCGAUCCCAAUGGCAACGUACUAAAUUAGAAAAAACUAUUAUUUGUUAUAUAAAUGGAGUUCGAUCAAUUGAAAAAGGUCUUUCUACAUUUGGUAAAGAUGGUUGCUUUCAAAGUUGGUGCUGUUUAGCUUGCAAACUUCAUUUACUAUCAGAUUAG